GUGCAUACAAUAAUGUAUAUACGUACUGCCAGUGCCAGUUAGUACAUACAGGCACAGUAUAUGUAUACCGACUGUUGUACAUACUACAUACAGCCUCUACAGCUGUAGUACAGCGUCGCACGUCGGCACGUCACACAAUUUCAAGAUAUUUACACGAUCGUUUCGCGUAGAAGGAUUACAAAAAUUUAUUGAGAAAUGCGAAAAAGUCGGUGUCGAGACAACGUCUGAUGCGUACAUAAUUUGAGAUCAAAGAGUAUCGGGUAAAAUCGUGCUCCUAAUUACUACCGGACAGCAACCGAUGCGAAACGCGAUUCAAUGAGUAUCUUAUCUGCGUGACAUAUCGAAAUCGUCGUAUACGCGGUGUUCGUGUAUAAAUCGAUCGUCUUUUAUAUCAUUCUUGUUAAUUACGCUUAAAUUAUGAGUGUCGACAGCGAGAACAAGUCGAACGAAGAUAUAGCUCCGUUUACACCGUCGUCGUCUUCGUCGCCGUCGUCGUCGACGACGAACCAGGAAGGAAAUGCCGACGAAUGCCGAAACGACAACGAAGACAUCCCGCCUGUAACUCCGGAAACGGUGCUAAGAUUGCCUACGAUCACAGAUAAGUAUUUAUGUUCUCCCGAGGCAAACGUUUAUGAUAUAGAUUUUACGAGGUUUCAAAUCAGAGACUUGGAAACAGGAGCAAUAUUAUUCGAAAUAACAAAGCCACCAGCUGCCGGGUCAGAUUCUAAUCACGAUACGGAAUCACCGCCUCCGCCACCACCACCACCACCACCACCACCACCACCGUCGUUGUCAUCACCAGCAUCGUCAUCACCAGCAUCAUCGCUACCGCCACCGCCAACGUCGGAGAACGAGGGGGAAUCUGGCUGCGAAGAUGCCAAUACCGGCCGUUUUGUACGCUAUCAAUUUACACCGCAAUUUCUUAAAUUAAAGACCGUCGGUGCUACGAUCGAGUUUCUGGUGGGUCCCAAGCCGGUGAACAAUUUUCGAAUGAUCGAACGGCAUUUCUUUCGGGACAGGCUGCUAAAAACGUUCGAUUUUCAAUUUGGAUUUUGUAUACCGAACAGCAAGAACACUUGCGAACACAUUUACGAAUUUCCUACUCUGCCUGCUGAUCUGGUUUCCGAAAUGAUAGCAAACCCAUUCGAAACGCGUUCAGAUUCGUUCUAUUUCGUGGACAAUCAAUUGGUAAUGCACAACAAAGCAGAUUAUGCUUACAACGGUGGUGGACAUACGCACGACGUACUUCAGUAGAGAAUGCUGGAGGUGAACGGCCUGCAGGAGAACGUUUGCAUUUUGCGACGAACGAUUGUGAUAUGAAGUAGUGGUAGUAGUAAAUACUUAGCUAAUUUAAAAA